GCGUGUGGAAAACAAGAAGAAGAAGAAGAAGAAGAAGAACUUUAUGCCACACUUCCGCUUCGGCCAUUCUAGUUUCCCUUUUCGCCUUCGCCUUGUGUCUUCGGUGCACCUGGUAUAAUUUUACACAUUCACCAUGGGUCGUAUGCACGCUCCUGGUAAGGGUAUCUCCCAGAGUGCUCUGCCUUACCGUCGCACAGUUCCUACCUGGCUGAAACUUACCCCUGAUGAUGUGAAAGACCAGAUUCAGAAGCUGGCCAAGAAGGGUCUCACCCCCUCACAGAUUGGUGUUAUCCUCCGAGAUUCACAUGGUGUUGCUCAGGUUCGAUUUGUAACUGGCAGCAAGAUCCUCAGAAUUAUGAAAGCUAUGGGAACUGCCCCUGACCUGAGAGAGGACCUGUACUACCUCAUUAAGAAGGCCGUUGCCAUCAGGAAGCAUCUUGAGAGGAACAGGCAAGACAAGGACUCCAAAUUCCGUCUCAUUCUGGUUGAAUCAAGGAUACACAGACUUGCAAGGUAUUACAAGAAGAAGGGUGUCCUUCCUCCCAACUGGAAGUAUGAAUCAACUACCGCUUCGGCACUUGUUGCGUAGUUGGGUUCUUUAUUCUACUGUAUUUUUUUUACAACUGUUGAAUAAAGCUUCCCAGUCAAA